AUGGCUUCAGGAUGGGCUCUCUUGCCCCAGGAAGUCCGCUGUCAUAUUCUACAGAUUCUGAGGCUAGACAGUUGCAAAGUGAGUCGCUUAGCCACCGUAUGUCGAGAGUGGCAAACAGAGCUGGAGAGAUAUAACUUUGCACGAAUCAAAGUGACACCGUCGCGCCUCGUCGAUUUUGGUUCGAUGAUUCACCGCAAUCGGGCUCUCGUCGAAUACGUCUGGUUCUGCUUGGAACUCGAUGACUAUGGUUGCACCAAGUGUGCGCCUACCGGCAGAACGCUCACACAGGACGAGUAUGAAGAGGCAUUCAGUAUCAACGAUGCAGGUGGCUAUCCCAUCACCACGGCGUUCCAGAAUCUGUUCUCGGUGCUAAGCACAUGGGACCUUAAAGACAAUUUGGUACUCGACAUUAGUAUCUACUCGCCUAGUGACUCCAAACAUUGGUUCCCAUAUCUGACCUUCAUGCCCGAUAUCGCUCUCGAUAUGCUAGGUGAUGGUAUGGAGCAGACGAUACCAAAUAAAGUCUAUGACGAUCCUCAACACGGCUGGGUCACUGGUUUUCGACACUCCCCUUCGCCCUACUGUGCUAUCUGCAAAGUUUUUCAUUCCAUCAUGGAGGAGGGACCGUUUGAUAGCGAGCAGUUAGAGCUCGAAUGGUGGGAUCAGCUUCCACCAGUCCCGGCGAUAACCACUAUGCUUCUCCGGCAGCAGAACCGCCGGAGAUGGAAGCCGCGCUCGCUUGCACAUAUGUUCGGCCGUUUUCCCAGACUCCAGGAAGUCCACUACGAGCCAUGGAGGGAAUGGGGUUUCCUACAGAGGUAUACAGAUAGACUUAGUCGAAUUGCUAAUAAUCCACCCAUCCGUUAUCCAGAUUUCCAGUACCUUUUCGAAGCCAUCCCACGAUUCAACAAAAAUCUCAAGAGACUUGUGGUCUUUGAGAACUUCAACCAACAGUAUCCAGUGAUCAUGCACCAAGUCCUAGCCGGAGAUGUCCUGAGCGAAUGUGACAGUCAUCGCAAGCCAACUCCGGCUGUAAGUCGGAUGGUUGGACUCGCCAGCCUCAACCUUGAAUAUCUCGCAGCAUCUUUCAUCGUAGAUGCUAGCCAUUUCUUUGACGUCGAACCCUCUUGGGAGUGGCCAAAUAUGCGCUCGAUCGUGCUUACUUCAAGCCUACUUACGCCUGAUCAGGAUCCUGCCCAGAUUGAAGUUAUGCUUCAGGCGGCCGCGGCCGCGGCUAUGAAGAUGCCACAACUGGAAACAAUGGAGAUCUGGAAUGGAAGACGAGGGUUGGCGGCGCUAUUCAAGUAUCAGGCGUUCCACAACAAACAAGAGGCUACCAUCACUUGGAGAGGUACAUGGCAAUUGACAAUGGCACCAUCUUCAUUCGAGGCUUGGGGAGCCGUCAUAGAUCGUUAUGCCGGUUACAGACUCAAUUUCGUUCAGGAACGUCUGGAUGAAGCUGCUAUCAAGUCUCACGCUGAUGCAAUUCGCCAUCUAAUGCUGAUGAGCCCAGUCAUUCGGCCCGUCUCAUUACAGCAGAUUCAGAUGGAGCAGAAAUUUCUAGAGCGCGUGCCGACCUUUACCUGA